AUGCCCUCCAUUAAUGUGAUCAUCACUGAUCUCUUCCUAAUCCUAUUCUCUUCUAUAAUUUUACCUUCCACCUUGAUUUUCUGUCAAACGCCGCCUAAAUGCACGGGCCGUCAAGGCCAGUGGGAGCUUUUGCAUGCAUCGCUUGGCAUAUCUGCCAUGCACAUGCAACUCCUACACAACAACAAAGUCAUCAUGUUCGAUCGCACCGAUUUCGGACCGUCUAACCUCUCGCUCCCCAGCGGCCGUUGCCGGCGUGACACCUAUGACACUGCACUCAAGGUUGACUGCACCGCUCACUCUAUCCUGUACGAUAUUGAUACCAAUACUUUCCGAGCUCUCAUGGUGCAAACUGACACUUGGUGCUCUUCUGGGGCUGUUCUUCCCGACGGUACCCUCAUCCAAACAGGCGGCUACAACGAUGGCGACCAUGUUAUUCGCUCUUUCACCCCAUGCACGGACGAAAACUGUGAUUGGAUUGAGUUUCCACACUACUUGACUGAAAGGAGAUGGUAUGCAACUAAUCAAAUAUUGCCGGAUGGUCGAAUAAUCAUUGUUGGAGGGAGAAGACAAUUCAACUAUGAAUUUUACCCUCGACUCCAAGAAGAUUCUACUCCACCACCAGGAACUUUUCGGUUUAAUUUUCUAUUUGAAACAACGGACCAGCAUGAAAACAAUCUGUACCCAUUUUUGCACCUUUUGCCGAACGGAAACUUGUUCAUUUUCGCUAAUACACGAUCGGUAUUAUUCGACUACAAACAAAACCGUGUGGUGAAAGAGUUCCCUCAGAUCCCCGGCGGUGAUCCUCGUAACUAUCCGAGCUCGGGCUCGUCGGUCUUGCUUCCUUUGGACGAAAACGAAGGCAAUGUAGUUGAAAUCCUGCUUUGUGGGGGUGCACCGCGAGAUGGGUUCUCGCAUGUAUCGCGUAGGAGUUUCGCGCGUGCUCUUUCCAGCUGCGGCCGACUUAAUGUCAGCCAGGAAGACCCUAACUGGGUCAUGGAGGACAUGCCAAUGGCACGAGUGAUGAAUGACAUGCUGCUCCUUCCUACCGGGGACGUCCUUAUAAUCAACGGCGCAGAGCUUGGCACCGCUGGAUGGGAAAAUGGCGCCGACCCAGUGAAAGCGCCCAUUGUUUACCGCCCUUCCGAAGCCUCCAACUGGCGGUUCUCAGUGAUGAAAUCUUCGCAGAGACCAAGACUGUACCAUUCCUCGGCAGUUUUACUGCCCGACGGACGUGUUCUAGUCGGCGGUAGUAAUCCACACGUAUACUAUAACUUCACCGGAGUCGAGUUCCCGACUGAUCUAAGCCUGGAGGCAUUUUCGCCACCAUACUUGGCGGCAGAGUACACACCGGUGAGGCCGACAAUCCUGACUUCCCUAAACGAGGUUUUAGGCUACGGGGACUAUUUCUCGGUGAAGUUCACGGUGCCGCAUUAUUUGACGGAUAAGGUUUUGUCUGUAAGGAUUAUUGCUCCAUCCUUCACAACACAUUCGUUCUCAAUGAAUCAGAGAAUGGUGGUACUGAAGUUGAUGGAAGUUUGUCGCUUGACAUCCGAUACGUACGAUGUGAACAUGAUGGGGCCAUCAACGGCUGAGAUUGCGCCACCAGGUUACUACAUGUUGUUUGUGGUGCAUGCUGGGAUACCAAGCUCUGGUACGUGGGUGAAGGUGCAGUGA